CCCAAGUUCACCAUAUAUUCAGUUCGAAUAACCUGAUAAUUAGGAACAAAGAACCCAAAAUCUCUGCAAAGAAACCAUGCCAAGCAAGUAUAUUGGUGUUAAAGAUAUUGGCCCUCUAGAUAUUGAGAGAGUAAUACGAUUGAGGUGUUUGAGAUGUUAUGAAAUACCAGAAAAUAGAGGCUCUACACAGAUAAAGAGUAAAGAAUGUUUGGUCUGCGAUGAAGAGGGAGCAUCUAAAGGUGAAGAAGUUAACAGCCCAGCUACUACACAGCCUACACAAGAUGAUUUGAGUGAUAAGAAUGAUUCACAGAUUGUUCAAAGAUCACUCUUGGAUGAGUUUUCUCUUCUUCAAAGGGAAUCAAGAAGGCAAAAGGGGCAAGUAACAAGAAGGAAAAAUGACAUGACAUUUGUGAAAUGA